AGGAGAAGAGGAUGGCAGCUCCACACAACGGAUCCAACAUAACGGGGAACUACACCAACCAGUUUGUGCAGCCGCCGUGGCGCGUCGCUCUCUGGUCCAUAGCCUACAGCACUGUGCUGGCGGUGGCGGUGUUUGGAAACCUCAUAGUGAUAUGGAUCAUUCUUGCCCACAAGCGUAUGAGGACUGUGACCAACUAUUUUCUUCUAAACUUGGCGUUUUCGGACGCAUCAAUGGCCGCGUUUAACACUUUGAUAAACUUUGUCUACGCCGCCCACGGGGAGUGGUACUUCGGGGAAGGGUACUGCAAAUUCCACAACUUCUUCCCGGUCACAUCUGUGUUUGCAAGCAUCUACUCCAUGACUGCGAUAGCUGUGGACAGGUACAUGGCCAUCAUCCAUCCUCUGAAGCCUCGUCUGUCGGCGAAGGCCACCACAGGAGUUAUCGUCUGUAUCUGGAGUCUGGCCAUAGUUCUGGCCUUCCCUCUCUGCUACUUCUCCACUACCCGAAUUCUGCCCCGCAGGACCCUCUGCUACGUGGCCUGGCCCCGCAUGGCUGACGACCCCUUCAUGUAUCAUAUCAUAGUGACAGUUCUGGUGUACGUGCUUCCCUUAGUGGUGAUGGGCAUCACUUACACCAUCGUGGGGGUGACUCUGUGGGGAGGGGAGAUCCCAGGAGACUCAUCUGAUAACUAUCACGGACAGCUCAGGGCCAAAAGGAAGGUGGUGAAGAUGAUGAUCAUCGUAGUUGUGACUUUUGCCCUCUGCUGGCUGCCCUAUCACGUCUACUUCAUUGUGACGGGUCUCAACAAGAGUCUGAUCAGGUGGAAGUACAUCCAGCAGGUUUACCUGUCAGUGCUGUGGCUGGCAAUGAGCUCCACCAUGUACAACCCCAUCAUCUACUGCUGCCUCAACAGCAGGUUUCGAGCUGGCUUCAAGCAAGCAUUUCGUUGGUGCCCGUUCAUCAAUGUAUCGAGCUACGACGAGUUGGAACUACGAUCUACGCGGCUGCACCCGACACGCCAGAGUAGCAUGUACACGCUGUCACGAAUGGACACCACCGUGGUGGUGGUUUACGACCCCGUCGAGGGCGACGGCGGCAGCUCCGGAAGGAAGCAGUCCUUGUCCUCUAAGAAGAGAAACUACAUCACUUCUCGCCACACGGAGAUCACAGGAUGCAAUGGUGGCAGUGCGCAAACGCAAAAUGGAGGGGCUCCGAGCGCUCAACCUGAGGAGUUCUCUUGAAGGGUGUUCUCACAGACUUACACACAGAC